UUGCAGCCUGAAAUAGUAACUUAUAACGGGUACCAAUCCGAGAUACAUGCUGUCACAACGGAUGACGGUUAUGUGCUCGAGCUGCAUAGAAUUCCGGCUGGCAAAUCAGCCAUCGGGCGGAGCGCCCGUCGUUAUAAAUUUUUUGUUUUUCUUUUUGUUGUGUCUUCAAAUUUACAAAUUCGUCAAUUCCAAGGAUUUCUGUUUGCGGAUGCGGGAUUUGAUGUGUGGAUGGGUAAUGUCCGCGGUAAUAAAUAUUCCACAGGGCAUGUGAAUUACACACGCAGUAAUCGGAAAUAUUGGGAUUUCACGUUAAUUCGCAAAUUUUUUGCUUUGGGACCAAUUGGUACACUGGGUCAUAUCAAAGGACUCGUCAAAACAGCGGCAACACGCUUCAUGGGAGCGCUUAAGAACCAAACGCCACUUAAAUACUCACUUUUCGAAUGUAAACGGGAAGACUUCGACUCCCGCUUGGGAAAGUGCUAG